ACCAUAACUACCUAACAAAACGUAAAUUUGAAAUGCAACGACGUUCAGUGACAUUCAGUUAGUGUUCUUAUCAGCAGUUAGUUGUGCUACAUCAACUACAAUAUGGCGAAAGGUAAAAAGAAAGGCAAGAAGAAGAAGAAAGCGCCUAAAAUCGACCCAAACGCCUUAACCGAAGUCGAUAAAACAUUCUAUGAGUUAACAAUAACCGAUUUAAACCGAAAAUUGGCCCGCUUACGCAGUUUAACCACUGAACUCGAGGAGAAAAACGAACAAUUACAAACCGAUUUGUCCAAACUCGAUGAAGAUCGCAACGACAUUAUCAUCUAUCUUAAGCGGAUGCUUCAAGAACGUUCUGAUGAAAUAGCCGAACUUCAGGAACGUUUGCGUGCUUUGGAGGAAACACGUCAAGAUGAAACGGAACAAUAUGAAGCGAAAAUUACCGAUUUGGAAAACGAAUACAAGCAAAUGCACGAACAGUUAACCAGCGAGAUUAAAUUACUUGAAGGUAAAUUAAAUUCGUUGGAAGAAUUUCGCAUUCAAAGGGAUGAGUUGAUGAAAAAAUUCGAAGACCAGGAAAUCGCAAUGGAAGAGCAGGAGAAACGGCACAAGAACGAAUUGUAUGACAUUGAACGAAAAUUUAUUAUUGGGAAAGAUAAACUGAAGAAAGAUAUGGAAGCAAGGUUACUCCAACUAUCGUCCGAAUUUCAGGAAGCAACUGAACUACGAAUUGCUGCCACCACUCACAGAGUGAUUCGAGAAAACAUUGCAAUUAAUAACGAACUAGAUGCAAUGUUGAUCACUCACCAAAAACUACACUCCGAUAAUGCGAAAAUGAAAGACAGGGAUCGAACUUUGCGCCAAGAAACUGAACUUCAUGAAGCUGAAAAGAAGAAAGCUUUAAAUAAGGUCAGGGUUCAGUUGAAACUAAUUGAUCGAUUAACCACUGAACACGAAGAUAUGAAACAAAAAUUAACCAAAUAUGAAACAACAGAACAAGAGAUGCAUCAAACUUCUGAAGAACUCCAGAAAACGAAACAGGACGUCCUUUGCCUAAACCACAAAAUUAAACUCUUGGAACAAAACAUUCACGCAUUGAAAUGUCGAGAAAGCUCGCUCAAGACGGAGUUAAGUAACCUUGAUUUUGAUAACGAUCGUCUGACAACAGUUCUUGCCCAAGCUGUUUUAUCAAUUAAGGAAGUUUUGGAAUUACAGUCACGAAUGUCAGAUGAAGCACUGAAAGCAUCAAAACGUGAAAAUCUCCUAACCCAACUUUUCGUUUUAUUAAGUGAAGCUGAGACGAAGAAAGGUCGUAAAGCUUCUUUGGACACUAUUGGUUCCUUGUCUGCAACUUACGAAAGAGGUGAUCUUGGUUUUGUUCCGAAACCAUUGACACGUCGUUCAACUUUGUCAACACUUCGAGAUAUUCAAGCUCAGACAGGUCCAAGCUUUGAUGAAUUUUUGGCAAUUGGUAAAGAAGAGGAUCUUGAGCAACAAGAAACUUCUUUGGUUAGUUCUGAAGAAGAGUCCAAAGGUAGUGAAGGAACUUUGGUGGAGGAGGAAAGUGAUGUGUUCUUUGACGAGGAGGAAGAAGCUGCAGACGAGUCCAUGUUGGAAUAUGACGACGUUGAAUUACUUGAUGAAGAAGAUGAGGAAAUUAAAGCAGCUCGUGAAGUAGCUGCAACGAAAUCCGCCAAUGAGUUAAUAGUCGAAAGGGCACUAAGUAGUGCAGCUAUUGCGAAAAAAUUGUCGGGAAUUGGUAGUAAAGAAAAAUCAAGAAGCCGAAUUUCUUUCAAAGCAAGUAAAGAGAAAGGGGUUGGACAAAGUAGUAAAGAAGAAGUGGCGGAAAAGAAAAGUCAAGAAAAAGAAUUGGGUAAAGCAAGUCGUGAGGGUAUGUCCACUGAUAAAUUAAAAAGGGUGUCUAUUGGAGAGACUACUGAAAUGGUUAUUCCUGGAGAAACAGCAGCGCCUUUGCCGAAAAAUGGUGACAAAUCUGCUGAGACAAGUACUUCUGAACCAUCUACAUAAAUAUGUUUUGAUUUUUUU